AUGGCGGCUGCGGGCGACAGCGAAGGAAGCCUAGGCGGCUUAGGCGGCCUUUCUCCUCAGAGCCAGCUGGAGUCGGCGCUGGAGGAGGCCUCGGCGGCUCAGGGGGAGAAUCUAGUCUACCAAUAUUUGCAAAAGGUGGACGGCUGGGAGCGGGAUUUGAGUCCCGAGUUUGGAGCAGAUCUACAGUGGUUGAAUACGGAAGGUUCUCUCUCUCUGUACAAAGACCUUUGUGGGAAAGUAGUGGUAUUAGAUUUCUUCACUUACUGCUGCAUCAAUUGCAUCCAUGUGCUUCCUGAUCUCCAUGAAUUAGAGCAGAAGUACUCUGUUACAGAUGGUCUCCUUGUUGUUGGCGUCCACUCAGCAAAAUUUCCAAAUGAAAAGAUUCUGGAUAACAUAAAAAGUGCUGUUCUGAGAUAUAACAUCACUCAUCCUGUGGUAAAUGAUGCUGAUGCAAUCCUGUGGCAUGAGCUGGAAGUGUCCUGUUGGCCAACCUUGGUCAUUGUUGGGCCCCGUGGGAAUAUGCUGUUCACUGUGGUUGGUGAAGGACACAAGGACAAAUUGUUUCUAUUUGCAUCCAUAGCCCUGAAGUAUUACAAGGAGAAAGGACAAAUCAGUGCUAAUGUAAUCAGAACACAACUCUAUAGAGACUCUUUGCCACCCUCACCUUUGUUGUUUCCUGGGAAGAUCACAGUGAACAGCUCAGGGGACAGACUGGUAAUAGCAGAUACUGGACAUCAUAGGAUUUUGGUGGUUAAGAAAACUGGUCAAAUUCUGUACACUGUUGGAGGACCAAAUAGUGGAAGAAAAGAUGGAACAUUUUCAGAAGCCACAUUCAGUUCACCGCAGGGGGUGGCCAUAAAGAACAAUAUUAUUUAUGUAGCUGACACAGAAAACCAUCUGAUUAGAAAGAUUGACUUGCAAUUAGAAAUGGUGAGCACCGUUGCUGGAGUUGGAACUCAAGGCACAGAUAAGGAAGGAGGAGCCAGAGGAGAUGAACAACCUAUUAGUUCACCUUGGGAUGUAGCCUUUGGAACUUCAGUUUCAGGAACACAUGAAAAUGAUGUUCUAUGGAUUGCCAUGGCAGGUAUACACCAGAUAUGGGCACUCAUGCUGGACUGUGGAAAGCUACCGAAAGGAAGUGACUUAAAAAAAGGAACCUGCCUUCGGUUUGCUGGGAGCGGAAAUGAAGAGAAUCGGAACAAUGCAUAUCCCCAUAAAGCAGGCUUUGCCCAGCCUUCUGGUUUGUCUGUUGCUGCUGAAGAGCCAUGGAACUAUCUUUUUGUAGCAGACAGUGAGAGCAGUACAAUACGAACAAUUUCUCUGAAAGAUGGGGCUGUGAAGCACCUUGUAGGAGGAGAGAGAGACCCAAUGAAUUUAUUUGCCUUUGGUGAUACUGAUGGAGCUGGAAUCAAUGCAAAAUUGCAGCAUCCCUUAGGAGUAGCCUGGGACAAGAAAAGAAGCCUCUUAUAUGUUGCAGAUACCUAUAAUCAUAAAAUUAAAUUUAUAGAUCCCAAAAUGAAGAAUUGUGCAACAUUAGCAGGUACAGGAGAAGCAAGCAAUACCAUUGGUUCCAGCUUUAUCUCUUCAGCUUUUAAUGAACCAGGAGGCUUGUGCGUUGAAGAAAGGGGACAUUUGCUCUAUAUUGCAGACACCAACAACCAUCAAAUUAAAGUGCUAGAUUUAGAAACCAAAACCGUUUCAUUGUUAGCUCUUCUAAAUUCUGAUACAGUGGAUGCUGUAACCGAUCAGAGUGUGCGAAAGACUGAUAUGACAAAAAUACCAAAGCUGCCUAAAUCUGCUCCAAAUCUUCAGUUACCAUCAGUGACUGUAAGCCCUGGUCAAGCACUUCAGUUUGCACUGAAACUUAGCCUGCCCCCAAAUACCAUACUGACCAAAGAAGCACCCAGUUCAUGGUUUCUCACAUCAGAAGGUAGUCAGUGGCUGCUUCAUGAACAGAAGACGUUGGGAGAAAUUGAGGACAUUUCUAAACAGCCUUUAAUCCCAUUUCAGAUACCCAUGAGCUGCCUAUCUGCUGAAGUUGUACUAUCAAUUAAAGUGUGCCUCUAUUACUGUAGCGAGGAUAGUAGUGCCUGCAUGAUGAAAGGAAUCUCAUUCAACCAGCCCUUCCGUAUAACUAAUGCCAAUGAAGGAAGCACAACUCUCAUUGAGCUCUUAUAUGCAUUUUAAGAGAACUAAAGCAAAAGAAGAUACAUUUAUAUUCUUAAAUGCUAGUUUCUAAUAUUCUUUUCACACCAGUUUUUUUGUUAUUGGGUGGUGAUAAUUUCUUCAGUUUUAGUCUUCCAACAGAAUACAACUAAUUUUGCCUUAUAUAGCACUUUCAUGUUCAUCGUGAAAACUUUUGGGAGGUAUCUGCAGACAUAGGCUCAGAUGAGGUAAAAAUGGUUAUGCUGAAUCAUUAAAAAAUUAACCAAAUUGUAGUACUUUAUUCCUUUAUUGUAUAUGCACUAAGUGGGCUCAGGUUACUGCACGAAUAAGGGAAAAGGACUAAGCCUCAUCAUCAAAGUUCAGUCAUAGUGCUGUCAUAUUUUAUAAGAAAUUUUCUUUGUGUAUGGAGCAAAAGCCUAAUGGUAAAAUCCUCUCCAUGCCUUCUCAGAAAUAAGCCAUAUUCAGUUUAAUGGGACUUAACCUCCAGGCAAACAGUUUAAAUAUAUUUUUCUUUUGAAAAGUGGUUAAGACUUUUUUUCUUGGAUUGUACACAUUGUUUUCUCAUCUUUUUAUGGUGUAUUUAAGAAACUGAUGUCAUCUGAAAUAAUCUUGAAAUGUAUUAGGCUUUUUUCUGCAAGCAGUGUUUAUUACACAAAAUAUUGUAUGCCUUACAUUUCUGAGAGAACAUUUAUAACAAUUAAUAAUAAUGAUAGCAAAUCUUGCAGCAUUAUGAAACAGAAAGCAAACCUACCUGUCAUAAUGAUGACACUUCGGGAUUUAAUAGCUUUAGAGAUUUCACCUCAACAUUAGACGAACUUCCUGACAGUAAGAACUGUUUGACAGUGGAACACACUUCCUCAGAGUGUGGUGGACUCUUCUUUGGAGGUCUUUAAAGAGAGGCUGUAUGGCCAUCUGUUGGGGAUGCUUUGUGUGUGAGUUCCUGCAUAGCAGGGGGUUGGACUGGAUGGCCCUUGUGGUUUCUUCCAACUCUAUGAUUCUAUGAAGUUACUAUAUUUUGAUAUUAAGAUUUCUUGUGUAAAUUUUUCUCAGUGCUGUGUUAAAACUAAAAAGGUCAUGAGUGCAGUUUACAUCUAUUCCAUACAAUAUUAAAUCCAAGGAUUUAUUUUCAUUUAUUUGUUUUGUAAAGCUUCAUAAUGCUUUUAUAAAGGGUGCAUCUGCACUGUAGAAAUAAUGCCGUCUGACAUCACGUUAACUGUCAUGGCUCCAUCCUACAGAAUCCUGGGAUUUGUAGUUUAGUGAGGCAUGAGCACUCUUUG